AUGGCGUCCCCGGGUCCGAGAAAGGAUUCGGGCGAUGACUUCGGUGUGUUUGACGAUGCCCGCACAUACUACACGACUGACGAGCGCCAUAUGAAUACCCGCGGCGGUGUCCGCACCCGGACCUACUCUCAGAACAGUUUGCAGAAACAAUUCGCACGCCUGGGCCUCAAGGAACCCUUCCGCCGAGGUAGCCACGACGAGUCCAGCCCAACAACCUCGAGGAAGUUCCUCAUUGACGUCGACCACACUCUUGAGAACUUGCAGCUACAGGAAGACACGGACAAUAACUUCCAAAUCACCAUCGAGGACAGCGGCCCCAAAGUGUUCACGCUUCGCACAGCUGCGUCCAACGGUUUCAAUCGGUACGACGUUCGAGGCACAUACAUGCUCUCGAAUCUCAUGCAGGAACUCACUCUGGCAAAGGAGUAUGGUCGUAAGCAGAUCAUCCUGGACGAGGCUCGUCUGAAUGAAAACCCUGUCAACCGACUGUCUCGUAUGAUUCGAGACCACUUCUGGGACAGCUUGACCAGGCGUAUCGACGCCUCCAGCAUUGAGGUCGCCGCUCGCGAUCCCAAAGACUGGACCGACGAUCCUCGUCCUCGAAUCUACAUACCCCCAGGUGCACCCGAGCAGUUUGAGUACUACACCAAGCUGGCCGCCGAGCGACCUGAGAUCCGUCUGGACGUGGUUCUCCUGCCUGAGAAGAUAACCCCGGAGCUUGUUCGGGAUUUGAAUGACAAGCCAGGCCUCCUGGCUGUGGACAUGGAGGAGGUAGAAGAUCCUGCCACGGGAAAGACGACUUUGCAAGGUCGACCAUUUGUCGUGCCAGGCGGUCGAUUCAAUGAGCUCUACGGCUGGGACAGCUAUAUGGAAUCUUUGGGUCUGCUUGUUAACAACAAAGUUGACCUAGCCAAGUCCAUGGUGUUGAACUUCUGCUUCUGCAUCAAGCACUACGGCAAGAUCCUGAACGCGACUCGCUCUUAUUACUUGUGCCGGUCACAGCCGCCCUUCUUGACAGAUAUGGCGCUGCGUGUCUACGAUCGCAUCCAGGAUGAGCCAGGAGCCAAGGACUUUCUGCGGACCGCCAUUCUAGCCGCAAUCAAGGAAUACCACAGUGUCUGGGUUGCUGAGCCACGACUAGACCCGAUCACCGGACUGUCGAGAUACCGGCCCGAAGGCCUGGGUGUCCCUCCCGAGACGGAGGCCACUCACUUUGUCCAUAUCCUCGAGCCGUAUGCCGAGAAGCACAAGAUGACCUUUGAGGAGUUUGUUGAUGCCUACAACCACGGCCGCAUCAAGGAACCCGCACUGGACGAAUACUUCUUGCACGACCGCGCGGUCCGCGAAUCCGGCCAUGACACGAGCUACCGAUUGGAGAGGGUCUGCGCCAAUCUUGCCACCAUCGACCUCAAUUCUCUGCUCUUCAAGUACGAGUCUGAUAUCGCGAGGACCAUCCGCAACGUGUUCAAUGACAAGCUCGUCAUCCCUGCAGAGUUUUGCGUGGGCACAAUGACACCUGGCCAGGUCGAGACGUCGGCGAUCUGGGACCGUCGCAUGAAGCGGAGAAAGCUGGCCAUCAACAGGUACCUGUGGAACGAGGAGAAGGGCAUGUUCUUUGACUAUGACACGGUCAAGAAGGAGCAGUGCACGUACGAGAGCUGCACGACGUUUUGGGCGAUGUGGGCCGGCGUUGUCAGCCCGCACCAGGCCGCGGUAAUGAUGACCAAGGCUCUGCCGAAGUUUGAAGCAACGGGCGGUCUGUUGUCGGGCACGGAGGAGUCCCGCGGCACGAUAUCUCUGGAGCGUCCCAACCGGCAGUGGGAUUACCCGUACGGCUGGGCGCCGCAGCAGAUGCUAGCCUGGACCGGGCUGCACCGGUACGGCUAUGUUGAGGAGGCGGAGAGGUUGGCCUACAAGUGGCUCUUCAUGAUCACCAAGGCGUACUACGACUACAACGGGGUCGUCGUUGAGAAAUAUGACGUAACCCGGCCGGUCGACCCUCAUCGGGUAGAUGCGGAGUAUGGAAACCAGGGGUUGGAUUUCAAGGGGGUCGCCAAGGAAGGGUUCGGCUGGGUCAAUGCCAGCUACAUCUACGGCCUCCAGAUCGUCGGCGCCCACGCCAGAGUCGCCCUUGGGACUAUGACUCCGUGGGACGCUUUCGUUAGGGCGGUCGAGAACGAGCGGCAGAAGGCGCUCGAGUCGAUGGAGUAA